ACGUGGCGUUCUUUCCCUCUAUCCCGCGUGUUCACUUUGGGAAGUCAGUGCAUAUGCGCUCGAGCUGGUGCCGAACAUUUUCCUCUUGACAGUUGAUUUAGUUAAGAAUCACACUACCAUCUGAUCAUUUUAGUCAUGUUAUAAGGUCAAUCUGUUUCUAAAUAUUGUCACUGAUUCCAGUUCGGUUACCUGUCAUCUGUUCUGGGCUGUUGGCCGGUGUCGUUUUCAUUUUUAGUAUACAUUUUGAAAUAAAGCGUAUUUAACGGUUAAAUCGACACUGAAAUCAUGUCGGAGGAGCUCGAGCGCAUCCUGGCGCAGCUGACACAGCCGGACAACGCUGUUAUUCAGCAGGCCACAGCUCAGUUAAAACAGGCAUUUAAAGAUCCAGCCAUCGUCCCUGCAUUAUGUGCAGUCAUGACUGGUUCCCAAAACCCACAGAUUCGUCAGUCGGCCGCAGUGAUGCUCAGAAUGAGAGUGAGAAAACACUGGAAAAAAAUCAGUCCAGACCACAGGGAGAGCCUGAAAGCAGUGGUGCUGCAAGCUUUCCAACAAGAAACAGAGCACACUGUUCGUCACUCACUCUCUCAACUGAGUGCUGUCCUGGUAAAGCAUGAGACCCCCGACCGCUGGCCUGCUCUUCUGUCCCUAUUGAACCAGUCCACUAAAAGCAACAACCCACAGGACAGACAGGUGGGUCUGUUACUGCUCAGCAAGGUGGUGGGAUCAAACCCGGAGCCCUUCAAGCCCCACUACAAGCAGCUUCUCCAGCUGUUUGGGACUGUUCUCCAAGACCUGAACAACCCCACUGCCCUCUACUACUGCAUUCUUGCCCUCACUUCCAUCACAGCCUACACGGGCACAGAGGAGAUGAACUUGAUGCGAUCUCUGAUCCCCAAACUGAUCAUUGCUCUUAAACACCUCAUUCAGGCAGAUCAGGAUCAGGCCAGCGAGGCACUGGAAGUUUUUGAUGAGCUGAUGGAGAGCGAAGUGUCCUUCAUUGUCCCACACAUUGCUGAGAUUGUCCAGUUUUGCCUGGAGAUAAGUGCAAACGUGUCCUUUAGUGAUUCUCUGCGUGUAAAGGCUCUGUCAUGUAUUGCUUUUCUCAUCAGACUUAAAAGCAAGGCUGUAUUAAAGCAAAAGCUUUUACAACCGAUACUGCAGGUUGUGUUUCCCAUACUUAGUGCUGCGCCCCCUCCUGGUAAGGAGGACCCAGAGGAUGAGGAGAAUGACACUGAGGGCAACAGUGAGAACCCCAAACACUUUGCUGUUCAGGUUAUUGACACCAUGGCUCUUCAUAUGCCACCUGAAAAACUCUUCAACCAACUGAUGCCUUUCACUCAGACCUGCCUGGCCAGUGAAAACCCAUACGAGCGUAAGGGAGGGCUUAUGUGUCUGGCUGUGCUGGCCGAGGGCUGUGCAGAUCACAUCCGCACCAAGAUGUUAUCAUCCAUGCUUCAAACAGUGUGUCGCAGUCUAUCAGACAGUAACCAGGUGGUCCGCAGUGCAGGGCUCUUUGCCCUCGGACAGUUUUCGGAACACCUGCAGCCAGAUGUCAGUAAAUUCCAUGCUGAGCUGAUGCCAUUGUUGCAUGGAUAUUUGUCUGCAGUGAACCAGACCAAAAUCGGACACAUGACCAAGGCCUUCUAUGCUCUAGAGAACUUUUUGGAGAACUUGGAUCAAGAUAUUGAGCCCUACCUGCCCACUCUAAUGGAAACCAUGCUGUCAGCCCUUAACAACACAGAAAACCUCAAACUGAAAGAGCUUGCAGUCAGUGCAAUAGGGGCGAUAGCAAAUGCAGCCAAAGAGCUGCUCGUGCCUUACUUCCCCCCGGUGAUUGACAGUCUGAAGGGAUUUCUGACAGACACGAGAGAGGAGAUGAGGGCUCUACAGACACAGGCUUUGGACACACUCUCUGUGUUGGCCCACACUGUUGGUAAGGAAGUCUUUAGUCCUUUGGCAGCAGACUGUGUGCAGCUAGGUCUGAACCUCACUGAUACAGUGGAUGACCCUGACCUGCGCCGCUGCACGUAUAGUUUAUUCUCUGCUGUAUCUGAAGUGAGCCCGGAUUGUCUAACCCCUCACCUAACCCCUAUCACCACGGUGAUGUUGCUGUCACUCAGAUCCACUGAGUGGGUGACGUCUCAUUUAGAGGAAGACAAACAGUUUGUGCUUCUGGAUGACGAUGAUGAAGGUGAAGAGGGUGAUGUUGUUUUGGAUGAAGAUGGAGAGAAUGAUGGAGAGGUUGAUGACACAGAUGUUGCAGGGUUCAGUGUAGAAAAUGCUUACAUUGAUGAGAAGGAAGAUGCUUGUGAUGCUUUGGGUGAAAUUGCAUUCAACACUGGAACUGCGUUCCUGCCCUUCCUGGAAUCCAGCUUCCAGCAGGUGUAUGAGCUCCGUGAUUUCGCACAUCAGGAUGUGAGGAGAGCUGCCUUUGGUGCAAUGGGCCAGUUCUGCCGAGCUCAGCAUAAAGUAUGGCAGGAAAACCCAACAGAGGCCAACCACCAGGCGCUGCAUAAGUUGUUGGAUGUGGUUUUGCCUUGUUUUCUGGAGGCAGUGAGGCAGGACAGGGAGAGGCAGGUGGUGAUGGCUGUUCUUGAGUCAAUGAAUGCUGUGAUCAAAUCCUGCCAGGGGGAGGCGCUGCAGACUCCAGGGCGACUGGCUGAGAUCAGUAACGCCAUCAGAGACGUACUCAAGAAGAAGACCAUGUGUCAGGAUGUGGGUGGGGAUGAAGCAGACGAUGACGACCAGCAGGCGGAGUAUGAUGCCAUGCUGCAGGAGUUCGCUGGUGAGGGGAUUCCUGUUUUAGCAUCAGCUGUACCUGCUGAGACAUUCUACCCUCACCUCAAUGAUCUGCUGCCUCUUAUCAUGAGCAAAGCUAAAUCCUCAUGCACUGAGGCAGACCGCUCCUUCUCUGUUGGUACGAUUAGUGAAACCCUGCACUCAUUGGUGGGUGUGGCUGGAGGCAGGGCGGUGGCUGGACGGCUGUCCAGUCGGCUGCUGCCGGUGCUUGUAGCUGGAGUUAAAGACAGUGACCCAGAGGUGCGCAAUAACAGUGUGUUUGGCCUGGGAGCUCUCGCACAGGCUGCUGGACCCAUCAUUGCCUCUGAUUACCCCAUGAUGCUGUCCCUCUUCUCUAACCUGCUCUCUAAAGAGUCUGACUUGAGAGUGAUUGACAACUUGUGUGCUGCCCUCUGCAGGAUGAUCAUGAGCCAUGUUGAUGGGGUCCCACUCGAGCAGGUGUUUCCUGCUUUGGUGGCUCAUCUUCCUCUGAAGGAGGACAUGGAAGAGAACAAGACCAUCUAUAACUGCCUUUCCUUCCUCUACUCACAGAACCCAAUGCUGGUUGUUGGUCAGCUCAGGCCAAUAAUAUCUGCUGCUGCUCAUGUACUGGGUACAAAGGUCAUUGAUAAUGAAACACAGAAUACCUUGCUUGUGCUGCUCCGAAACGUAGCCCAGCAACACUCACAGGAAUUUGAGAGUGCUGUGAUGUCACUUCCUGAUGAACAGAGAAGCAAUAUGACCAUGGUGGUCACUUAGUCAUAGCACCUGCCUCUCAUCCUAAGUAUCCAAUCCCCCACUCCCAAGGGCCUUCCAGUCUUGUGAAAGCCAGCCAAGAAAUUGCCGGAUUAAAUUAGCCGAGUAUACGUUCAGUGAAGCACUUGGCUUUAAUACUGUAUUGCAGCAGAGAUGUUGAGAAUGGUUUCUCUUAAUUUAUUGCCCUGUUCACUUAUUCUUCUUGCUAGUUUUACUUUGUUCUACUAACCUGCAUGAAGGAAUGAGUUUCUUGAUUCAUUAUUGUUUACUUUGUCUAUUAUUUGUGCGUUCAAUUAAUUUUCUGCUUUCCCACCUUUUGUGGAUAUUCCAUGAAGUUCUGGCUGGAUAUUUGAGUGUGAAGCUUUGAAUUGCACUUGCAGUGAAAAAAAUAUAUAUUCUAUGAAUUGUUCAUUA